AGCGCACUCAUCGACGCACCCACCCCUCACGCCCAUCAUGCAGUUCAAGACCCUUGCCAUCGCCGCACUCGCGCUCGUCCCCUCCGCGCUCGGCAUCACCGUCUCUUACGACCAGGCGUACGACAACGGGUCCAGCAGCCUCGACACCGUCGCGUGUUCCGACGGCGCGAACGGGCUGAUCACGAAGGGCUUCUCCACGUUCGGCUCGCUCCCGCACUUCCCGAACAUCGGUGGUGCCGCGGCGGUCGCCGGCUGGAACAGCGCGCAGUGCGGGUCGUGCUGGAAGCUCACGUUCAACGGGAAGAGCAUCAACGUGCUCGCGGUCGACCACACGGACGCAGGGUUCAACAUCGCGCUCGGCGCGAUGAACACCCUCACGAACGGGCAGGCGCAGCAGCUCGGGCGCAUCGACGCCACGGCGACGCAGGUCGCGGCAUCGCAGUGCGGUCUCUAAGACGACAGCUUCAGCAGCUUCAUGGACAUGAUACACACUCACAAUACGGACUUUCACGGACUUACGAACGAUUCAAUACGGACUCAGUGCCAUUGUUGUAGGGCUAGUUGAUGUGGAAAACCAUGUAUAAU